AUGGCUCUCAUCUUCGGCCUCCUCCUGGCGCUCUUCAUGGAAGUGUGUUCUUUGCGGCCGUUCGGUGACUCCCAACUCAUUGUUCGUCAAGUCGAUGACAUCUAUGAAGUUCGCAAGCUUGAACUGGUGCCGUACUACACUGCGGCCCGGAACCUCAUGAAAAAAUUUCAACACAUCGAAGUUCUCCAUGUCCCGCGAAGCAGAAAUGCGCCUGCUGAUGCCUUGGCAAAACUAGCGGCAACAUUGGUGCUCCCAGAUAAUAAAACCAUGCAGGUAAAUGUUGAAGAAAGGUGGCUCCUCCAAGAUGUUCUGGAGCUUAUCCCGGCGGAGUACGAAGUCAACACCGACAUGACGAACGCCGUGGAGGAAGACGAGUGGCGGUGUCCUUUACAGGCGGUCCCAUGGACAGGAAGUCCUACUUCGGUGCGUUAA